CCAAUCUUCCUAGGCAUGUUGAGUCAAGUCAUCUGUAUUAUUAUUAUAUCACUGUUCCAGAAAAUGUGUUUCACAACAUGUGCAUUAUGAGAACAAUGUACCAGGUGUCAUUAUGUCAUCAUACACUUAUGACAAAUGAUGAAUAACAUGUUGCUAUUACCAAAGCAGGUCUUACUUACUUUAUAUAGUUUGGCAUAUUGAAACCUCCUAUAUCUGUUUUGUUUAAACAGUGUUAUUAUAAAUACGUUCAGGAAAAAUACAAUUGUAAAUCUAUUUACUAAGAUUUUUUUUAAUCUUCCAAUGCAUCGAACUGGUGUAUGCAGCAAAUGUAAUUUUAUAUAAAUUCUUACAGGUCUAUGGAGCACAGACCCUGAGUAAAAAGAGUUUUCCAUAUGAGAGAAAUUAUGCUCCCAUGAGCUCCUGGCAUUUCUGUGUAAAUGCCCCUGAAAUUAUGUUUAUGCCAUUUCGGCUUUAACAGUUGGCAGUGUCAACAAACUGUUAGGAUGGAAGAGAGGUGAUGUGCAAAUGCUGAUUAUUUCCUGUAACAUCACUGGGUGUAACAACUAUUCCUAAAUAGUUGUUCUGCGUAGCCUAUCCCAAAUUUUUAUAGGUAAACAUGCAACAUAAUAUGAAAUGAGAAUAGCAAUAUGUUUGAAGCCUGCUUUAUGUUUGAAGCCUGCUUAAUAGUAAAGAUGUCGCACCCUAGAAGUAGGGAUGUGCUGCCCCCUAUCAGUAGUGACAUGCCCCGCCUGUCAGCGUCUCCAGGCAGUGUAGAGGAGCUGGGGUCUGGAGGAGCACCAGCAGGCAGCACAGAGCUCAGCGCUCCCGCGUUCGUCCAACCCUUGCUAGAGCUGCUCCCCAGGCAGUGGAGGUGAUGAUGGCGGCGGCUGUAGAGCGAGGUGGUGUCCGGGCCGCUUUCCUGAACCCGAGCAGCGGUGGCGGUGGUGGACCAGCACCGACAACCCUCCCGACCGGACCGUUAACCGGAGCUGUGGUCCUGAGCUCGGGCUCGGGCUCCGGGAGCAUGCCUGUACCCAUGAACCUCUUUGCGACCUGGGAGAUAGACCGAUCAUCGCCAAGCUGCGUGCCGAGGCUCUGCAGCCUCACACUGAAAAAGCUGGUUGUCCUCAAAGAAUUGGAUAAAGAGCUCAGCUCCCUGUCUAUAGCUGUCAAAAUACAGGGUUCUAAGCGCCUUCUGAGGUCAAAUGAGUACGUCCUCCCACCCAGUGGACUGAUGGAGACAGAUCUGGAGCUCACAUUCUCACUACAGUAUCCCCAUUUUCUGAAGAGGGAUGCCAACAGACUGCAGAUUAUGUUGCAGAGGAGGAAACGCUACAAGAAUCGAACCAUCCUGGGCUACAAGACUUUGGCUGUGGGAGUUAUCAAUAUGGCUGAGGUGAUGCAACACCCGACAGACGGAGGACAGAUUCUAGGUCUCCAUAGCAACGUGAAGGAGGCGCCAGUGCGUGUGGCGGAGAUCAGCGUGUAUUCUCUGUCCAGCCAACCAAUCGACCAUGAGGACGGCAGUGGCCAGGCUGGCCGCAAGACCAAAACCUCAGACCGCUCCCCAGACAUGGAUAAUUACUCUGAGGAGGACGAUGACAGCUACUCGUCAGAGCAGGAAGCCAGUGAUGAUGCAGUUCAGGGCCAGGAUCUUUACGAUGAAGAUGAUGAAGUCAGGAAGCCAAAGAAAGCCCGGAGGAAAAUGAUCCGAACCACCUCCAUGACCAGACAACCAAACUUUAAGCAGAAGUUUGUGGCCUUGCUGAAGAGGUUCAAGGUGACAGAUGAGGUGCUGGACUCUGACCCAGUAGAUCAGACCCGGGAGGUGGAGGAGGAUCUGGACUUACUCUACGACAGUCUGGAAGUAUACAACCAGAGCGACAGUGGGCCAGAGAUGGAGGACAAUGAAAGCGUUCUGAGCACACCCAAGCCCAAACUCAAGCCGUUUUUUGAAGGGAUGUCUCACUCCAGCUCCCAGACAGAAAUUGGAAGCAUACACAGCCAAAAAAGCCAGCAGAGAGAGCUGUCAUGUCCUACUGGAGACUUUCUGACCGUGGACAGAUGUAAAGUGCAAAGGGCCCGGUAUCAAGAUGACAGCCUCACAGACACAAUAGUUGGGGAACCAGAGACUGAUGACAGUGGGCCGGGGCCAGGAGAGGUGAGCAGCUGGGAUGUCAGCACUGAACGGAUAACCAGCACUGUUGCCAAACUUUGUAAGACGGAGUCCCAGAACCACAUGUCUCCCAGUAAAAUGGAGAACAAGCUGCAGAGGCAUCCUCGCAGCACCUCCAUGAAAGACAGACAGAACUCCAAGGCACAAAGUGACAGGACCAGCAGCAUGGAGAGCGAGUGCUCCCCAGACUCGCGCCUCAUAGCACAGGUUCCCAGGAAGUCUGUGUAUGACCAGCUGAACCAGAUCCUCAUCUCUGACGAACGCCUCCCAGAGAGCAUCAUCCUCAUCAACACUACAGAGUGGCAAGGACAGUAUGUAGCCGAGUUGCUCCAUGAACAGGGCCAGCCCAUUGUGUCCACCUGCUCUGCUGCUGAUGUUCAGGCUGCCUUCAACACCAUCGUUACUCGCAUCCAGAGAUUCUGUAACUGUAACGCACAGACACCACCGACGAUGAAGGUGGCAGUGGCAGGUGAUCAGAGUUACCUCAGCACCAUCCUGAGGUUCUUUGUGGAGCAGCUGGCCAACAAAACACCUGACUGGCUCAGUUACAUCCGCUUCCUGGUGAUCCCCAUAGGUUCUCAUCCCCUGGCCAAGUAUGUGGCCUCCUUUGACAGCAGGUUUAACAGCAUCUUUAUGGACACUGCAUGGAGGGAGCUGUUCUGCAGGACGGAACGGCCCGCCUCAGAUAACAUAGAUGUAGCAGGACGAGUCAUUCAGUAUCUGGCCGGUGCCAACGUGUCCCACCAGUUCCCCAUCUCAGAAGCCAUGCUCACCUACAAACAGAAGAGCCCUGACGAGGACUCCUGUCAGAAAUUUGUGCCAUUUAUUGGGGUGGUAAAAGUUGGAAUUGUGGAGCAAAGCCUCUCAACCUCAGUGGAUUCAGAUGAUGCAAUGGGGGGCAACACAAGUAUCCUGUCCUCCCCAACACCUCCAUCGGCUGGUCCGUAUGGGAAGGAGAUCGGGGGCACCCCCCCACAGUCUCCCUCUGUGUCCACCACCCUGUCUGGAGCUGGCUCUCCGUGUUCAGGCAGUGAGGUGAUGGGGCUCCAGGUGGACUACUGGACCUGGCAAGGCCCAGAGAAGAAGAAAGAGGGAGAGAAAAGAGAUGUGGGAUUGAAGAACACCUUGAAGAGUAACUUCCGUUCACUGCAAGUCAGCCGCCUCCCCUGUGGAGGGGAACUCACCCCUCCACCCAGCAUGGCCAUGACUGUGGUCACCAAGGAGAAGAACAAGAAAGUGAUUUUUCUCAGCAAGAAGCCCAAGGAGAAAGAGCUGGACUCUAAGAGCCAAGUGAUUGAUGGCAUCAGCAGGUUGAUCUGCACAGCCAAGCACCAGCACACGAUGCUAAGAGUCACUAUUGACGGAGUGGAGUGGAACGAUGUCAAGUUUUUCCAGCUCGCUGCUCAGUGGCCAACUCAUGUCAAGCACUUCCCGGUGGGAAUCUUUGGCUACUCUAAGCCUGUGUGACCCCGGCCUCCAUCCACUCACCCACCACCAGACUCUCUGCUGCACUUGUCUCAUCGUGAGGCUUCAGAGAAUUAGAGGACAAGCCAACGGGCCCCAGGCAGUAACAGUUUUCCUGUGGAAAUCUUACUGGCUCACAAACCAUGUGUUCCAACACACAAACUUCAUUUUCAAUUUGAUGUUUUUGAUGUUGUUGGGUGUUGUCAUUUUUUCUUUUCUUCCUUUUUUUUUUACACACUACAGAAAGAACAGUUACUAUUUUGUAAGAUUUGUGCUACCGCCUCGGGAGGUAUUUUGAGGUUUUUGACAAUUUGCCACAUUUCAAUAAUGGCAGCUGUGUUUGCACUUUGUUAACAUUUUAUUAUUUCUGUGAAAUCCUACAUUUAUUGUUACUCUAUAGACAAUGGAGGAGUGUGGUGGUGAUGUGCAGUGGUGUGUGUGAGAUUGUUUGUGUUUGUUAUUGACAGUUGGAGUAUUGCUGUGAAUCUAGAUGGAAUCCUUCUCCUCUAACUCAGUGCUCGGUUUUCUUACUCGUCCCUUUACUUUCUCAAAAAGGUCAAUUUUUAUAGAAAGGAACAUAAAGAUCUUUUUUGCCUCGUUGCUUUUAAGCAUGUACAUUCAGACUGUACAGUAACAUCCGGUUAGAAGCAAGACAUGAUAUACAAAACAACAGAUUUCAACUCCUAAGGCCAAAUGUAAUUGUUACUGUAUGAACUGUCUGAUUUGUUUUCACAGUCUCCCAGCUGCAGUUUCCACCAGUGUUGUAAUUGGACCUUCUUGGAGUACUUCCAGGUUGUAACAGCAUUUAUUUGGUAGAUAUGGCCACCCUGCUGUCAGCUUGAUGCAUUUCCUGAGUCUCACACAGACCUGCAGUAGCUUAGGAAAUACUGAAUAGCUUCAGAUGUGCAUUGAUGUGCCAAAGUCAAGUUUGUUUUACAGUCUAACCUCCAGAGCUCUUGGCUUGGCCAAACUUCAUUAUAUGUUAAACUGAAAUCUACUGUAGUAUCCUACAUGUGAUGUACUUGUGGUGGUCCCUGUGGCGAUCAGUAUUAAGUUUACGGAGUUUAUUUACAGAUGAAUACUCCACGUUUGGCCAAGUGUAAACACACAGUGCAUUUAAAAGAUGUGUGCACAUCCUAACCAAGCAUUUAUCAAUGUCCUUUAAAACAGCUCCACUGUGGCUUGCUGUGUAAGUAGUACCUAACUGACAACACACUGAUUAGUGGGGCAUUCAUUCAGUGUUGUGUUAACAGUAAAAUUUCUAGGAUGAAUGCGUUGAUCUGACUAGAAACAUGUCGACAGUAGUGUCGAGCACAAUACAAGUAUUGAAUUGCUUUUAAAAUAUGAUGAAAAGUAUACUGCCAGGUGUCCAAGUCACUACCUAUGCCUGUCUGUGUAGGUGGGCUAUAUGCUUGAUGGUAAUCUAUGAAUAGUGUUUUGCAAUAGGAAACAUUUGGACAAAGGGCUUUCUGUAUGAGCUGGUUGUUGCUUUAUAUAAAGUGAAGACUUACAAGCUUGAUAGGUGGCUUUUUUUUUUUAAGCAUUGUAUAUAAAUAUAUACAGGAUGUACUGUUGUGAAUUGCAAAAUCCCCCUUACACUAAAUUGAAAGCACAAAUAGCUUACCAUUAUUUCUUGACAUAAAUGCCAAAUACAUUUACAGAACUCAUAACUAUGAAGUAGUCGACAAUGCAAACACUAUUAGGGAUCUUACUGCUACAUUUCCCUCACUUCGUAAUGCACUUUCAUGUGGUUUUAUACACAUUUGAGAUCAAACUGGGACAGUUUGGUUUUGAAGUGUAUUUGAAAUGUAACCCACUACCUACAGUCAAGAGAAUGCUGUUUUUUUUUUCUCUCCUCAAAAUUACCCUUUUUUCAUAAGGAUGUUUUGUUUAUGCCGAUGCAUUCAAGCGCCUUCU